UCCAUUCUGACCCCACACAACCUUCCCCAUCUUCCUCCCCCUCAUUCCCCAUUCUCAACCCAGCACUACCUGUAACCCUCAGUCUGACCCACUCCCUUCGCUGGGACCCCUGGCACCUACCGCUCCGACAGCCUGCCCCAGCUCCCACACAUCUCUGUCCCCCAAACCUCACCUGAACGAGUUCUGAGCUGUUAGGUGUUGAUCGAUUUAGAGGGGAAGGAGUUAGCUGCAACACAGGGAGGGGUGGGCUUGGAUUUUCCUAUUGCUCCAGUCCGGAGCGAAUGAGGAGGAGUGAGAUCCCGUGAGCAGCAUCGCAGCCCUCAGUCCGCGCGAACGCGAGCAGUGAGCAGGUGCAGGCAGCUCACGCCUCUGAUUUGAAGGGAUGGGGUGUCUGCGAACGUGUUUGUGUGUGAGCAACUGGAGCUUCCUACCCGGAGCGGGGAUCCGGGCUGAGGCGAGGGGUCGGAGAGGGAGAGAUGGAGCGGAGAGUCGUCCCUGGAGCCAGAGGGCUGAGGAGCAGAGUGAUCCAGGGACCUCGUCAGCCGCCAUGGCAAACCAGACCGACGUGGUCAACGUGAAUGGCUGCAUGGCUCCUUCGCUGACCCUUGACUUGCGGUCCUCCCACAACGAGCUGCUCAAUGCGGACCUGAGACGCUGCGGCCAACCCAAGGGCCGCAAGGUCUACGCAUCAACGGACCUGCAGGCCGCCAUGGGGCUGGCUGCGGACGCCAACUCCAAGUGGGUGAAGGACGGGCGGAACCAGAUGCGCAAGGCGGCAGAGCACGAGAGACAGGACCAGAACCGCAACAUCACCAGCAAGGGAGGAGAAGAAGGGGACGCGGUGAGCAAGGACCAGGCACCAUCUCCGGCCAAGGUUGCUGAGCCUGUCCCCAGCAGGAGUAACGGUUUCCUCAGUUACUACAUGGGGCUAGAGUUGUCCCUGGAGGGCACAUCCCAGAACCUGGACACUCAGCAAUCCUCACACCUCUACCGGCAUCGAGGGGAUGCUGAGAGCUGCCUGGUGCAGGCGAGAGCACAGAUCACUGCGAAUGGGGAGCAAACAGCAGCAGAUGCUGGCCACAGUAGGUUGGACCUUCCCCUGGAGGGCCCCUCCGACGACAGGAAGGGAUCCUGCCUCUUCUUCGGGAUGAGGAAUACCGCCGCUAGUGACGAAGACUCCAGCUGGACCAGCCUGUCCCAGGGCAGUGUGUCCUGGAGUUCACCUGACGACAUUGAUCCCAUUUGGAAUCGGAACUCGUUCGAGACGGAUGCGGAUUUGCCAGCGGGCUGGAUGAGGGUGCGCGACACGUCAGGCACCUACUACUGGCACAUUCCCACAGGGACCACACAGUGGGAGCCACCAGCUCUGAUCGGCGAACAAGAUGGUUCCCGAAAACCGUCUGCCAUGUCACAGUGCACCACCCCCUCGGAGGAGCCGCAGGAGGUACUAACCCCGGCCGAGACCACAGACACCAGCCUGAAGGACUUUGAGGGGGCAACAUUACGAUACGCAUCGUUGAGUCUUCGAGGUCCAGAAGAUGAGGAAAAUGCCAAAAGGUUCAUCAAUAUUGAGGAUGAGUCGAAGUGCUUUGCAGUCCAGUCGCUGGGCUGGGUGGAGAUGCUAGAGGAGGACCUGGCUCCAGGAAAGAGCAGCGUCGCUGUCAACAACUGCAUCCGCCAGCUCUCCUACCACAGGAGCAACUUGCACGACGGAGCAGGCACCUGGGGCGAGGGGAAGGAGAUGCUACUGCUGUUGGAGAACGAUACUUUGAACCUGGUUGACCCUGGCAGCCACAACUUGCUGCACACGCAGCCCAUCGUCAACAUACGUGUGUGGGGUGUCGGCCGUGACAAUGGGCGGGACUUCGCCUAUGUGGCGAGGGACCGUCUGACCCGAGUGCUUAAGUGUCACGUGUUCCGCUGUGACAGCCCAGCCAAGGCCAUUGCCACCCGGCUGCAUGAAGUCUGCUCCAAGAUUAUGGCGGAUAGGAAGGAUACUAAGUCCUCGAUGAAUGGAUUGCUCUUCGACCAUUCCAAACUUGUUGACGUCCCCUUCCAAGUCGAGUUCCCGGUGCCCAAGAAUGAACUGGUCCAGAGGUUCCAGGUGCUGUAUUUGGGGAACAUCCCAGUGACCAAACCUGUCGACAGGAGGAGCGUCUGGAGGGUGGGGCUGGGAGCCAGGCCAGGCUCAGUGCUGCACAGAUCAGGUAUGGAUGUAAUUAACAGUGCUCUGGAGAGUACGACAGUGAAUACCAGCAGAGAGAGCUGGACUCCUGUUGUCGUCAACGUGGCAUCCGCAACAGUCACUAUCGUCAGUGAGGAGGCCGGUGAGGUUCUGUCCGAGUGUCGGGUGCGUUUCCUCUCGUUCAUGGGGGUAGGACGAGACGUCCACUCCUUUGCCUUCAUUAUGGCCUCUGGCCCCGACCAAUUCGAUUGCCACAUGUUCUGGUGUGAACCCAACGCUGCAGGGCUGUCCGAGGCUGUACAGGCUGCCUGCAUGCUACGUUACCAGAAGUGUCUGGAUGCUCGUCCCCCUGGGCCGGGCUCUCCCCCCACCGUGCCGUGUGCAGACUCUGUCGCCAGGAGGGUGGGCUCUAGCGUCAGGAAGGGAGUGCAGUCCCUGCUGGGUUCCCUCCGACCCAAGCGCUCUGGCUCACAGACCCCCUGACUCGACAUCCCACCUCCCAGCAAGAGCCCCCACUCACCCUACAUCGGAUUGAGCGAGUCACAUUCUCCCUCUGCACCCCCCCCCCCAGUUCAGCACUCAUUGUUCCACACCUCCCCACCCACACAGACUGGAACGUGCCUUUCCCUGGUUAGUGUGACAACAACCUGCAACCUGUAACCUCUCAGCUUUCCCUUCCCUCCCACCCCACCCUCCGCAGUGGGAGGGGCUGGCAGCCCCAUCACUACUGCCCCCACCCUGUCUUCGUUCUCCGUCUAUAACCGUCUGGGUCCCAGCCGUGUACCUACUGUCCGUCUCACCCUCUCAUCGUGCCCCACCCUCCUGUACCUCUUACCCCAGGGUCUCCCCCUCACCCAGAGCACUGGGUUAGACACCCUCCCCCAGUCCUCGGAGCAGAGUUAGGCCAUUCAGCCCAUCAAGUCUGCUCUGCCAUUCCAUCUCAUUGGCAUUCUACGUGGGUGAUGCCAGUUCUGGGGUGGGGAGGACCUCAGGAAGGGGUACAGCAGUGUUGGCAGGGCAGUGGGUUUGUGGGGGUGGCGAGGAUUUGGGUCCUGGAGCCCGGCCUUUCUCCCGUCACCCCCACCAGCACCGAUCGAAACGCCCCUACUGUCAUCAGAAUAAACAUCAGUGUUACCUCGCCCAGUGUCAGUGUCUCAGUAGACCAUUGCCUCCCCCUUCCCCCUCCCUCUUCACAUCACCCUCCCCUACCCCCCGUGUCCCUCCCCCCCCACCUGCCUCCCUCCCUCUUCCUACCCGUCCCCUAUCAAUAGGUGGGUGGGAAUGCUUGACCCAGUGCGUUGGGAGAUUACGGGGUAUCCAAUGGAACUCUUCCUCAUCCCUCACUCCAUUGCCUGUCAUUGUCCUGGCCCGAGCAGGCACUGACAGAUGGUGUGAAGGGUCACGGCGGGAGGUCACUGGGGUCAGGGGUGACAUUGUGGGAGCCGCGGGCCUUGGACACUCAACCAUCCAGUCUCAGGGAGUUCCUCAAGGUGUGACCCAUGUAUAUUUAAUUUUAUUUAUUGUUACUUUAUUCUAUUAUUUUAUUUAUUUUAGAGAUACAUCUUGGAAUAGGCCCUCCAGCCCUUCGAGCCGUACAUGUAGCAACCCAUGACACCCCCCCACCCCCAAUUUAACCCUAACCUAAUUCCGGGACAAUUUACAAUGACCAGUUAACCCAUCUUUGGACUGAGAGAGCCAGAGGAAGCGCACGCAUUCCACUAGGAGAACACGCAGAGACUCUUUACGGACAGUGCUGAGAUUGGACUGCAGAACAAGCUAAGCUGUAAUACUGCCGUGGUGCUUACAGACAUUUUAUUAAAUGUUACCAGAACAAAGACCAGAAAAAUCAAAGAAAAGGAAGUGCUGGUCAUCUCAUAUUCAGUAGAGGUAACAGCAUUUCAAUUAGUCUAUAAAGUAGUCAGAUUGAACUGGCACGGCAGCUGCCACUGUACACCCUACCCGUGACUGCAUGGGUUUCCUGCCGCCGUCCAAAAUGUACCAGGUAGUAGGUUAAUUGGUCAUUGUGAAUUGUCCUGUGAUUGGGUUCGGGUUAAAUCAGUGGGUCACUGGGCUGGAAGGGCCUGUUCACACUGUAUCUCUAAAUUAAUAAAAUAAACAAACACUGAGAAGCUUCUAGAAAAAACAGAAUCAGUUAUGCUGUACUUACUAGCAAGUUCAUUCAACAGCUGGCACAGAGACACACACGGUGGCCGCCUCCUGUACCUAGUAAACCGACCAUUGAGUGUAUGUUUGUGGUCUCCUGCUGUAGCCCCUCCACUGUGUUGUGCAUUCAGAGAUGCUGUUCUGCACACCACCGUUGUAACGCAUGGUUAUUUGAGUUACGGUCGCCUUCCUGUCGGCUUGAACCAGUCUGACCAUUCUCAUUAACGGGGCACUUUCAUCCAGAGAACUGCCACUGACUGGCUGUUUCUGCUUUUCACACCGUGCUCUGUAAACUCGUGACUGUUGUGCAUGAAAAUCUCAGGAGAGCAACAGUUUCUGAGAUACUCAAACCGCCCCGUCUGGCAGCAACAAUCAUUCCGUGGUCAGAGUCACUUGGAUCACAUUUCUUCUGCAUUCUGAUGUUUGAUCUAAACAAGAUAUGUUCACAGGAUAAUUUUCAUGAUCCUCCCCUUGACCCUCUCUAAUAACAACAUAUCCUUUCCUAGAUAUUAGAGCCGGGGUCUCAGCUACCCACUUGCAGAGGGCAGAGUGAGACAGGCAUCUGUAUCAAGUCUGGGAAUAGUGUCAUGCACCAUACCAAUGGGCAAACUGGAAUUCUGGAAAGGAUCGGGCCAGCCAACAGGAAUGUGCUGCGGAUGGUGGCUGAGAAGGAGUAACACCCUACAUCACCCAUUCAGAAUCAUUUCUCACAUGUAAAAUGGAGACACAAAACACUUGGUAUGGUCCAAUAGAACGAAGUUAGUUUUUAGUGCAGCGGCCAUUGUUUGAGUGGUCCGGUGUUAAGAGUGGGGAGUUGAGGUUUCGGCCAGGAGAGGCAUAGGCCAAAGGUAGGUUUUCUUUGUUAUUUGAUCUUUCUUAUUGCACAUUUAGAGCAGUGGGGAUGUCAGGCAGGAGAGAGGAAUGCUCCUCUUGGGGGAUGUGGGAAGGCAGAGUCCCUGAUGACUAUACCUGCAAAAAGUGCAUCCAACUGCAGUUUCUAAAAAUCUGUGUUAAGAAGUUGGAGGUGGAACUGG